AUUCUGAUACUUUUAUAGAAAAUUAGGUCCAAACUAGAUCGAAGCAUGAAUUGGAAAAUACUGUUUGCUUUGUGCAGCUUUGUAGCAUCCACAAGAGCAUUGACUUGCUUUGAAUGUGGCAGUUUCCCCUGUCCUCAGGUAUUAUGCCAAGAAGGAAGUUCAUUGGCAAAAGGUAUAUGUGGUUGCUGCGAUGUAUGUUCGAAGCAAGAGGGCGAUUCAUGUGGCGGGCUAUGGAACCUUGACGGAACUUGUGAUUCUGAAAAAAAUCUGGAAUGCUACUAUGAGCAACCUAAACCGAUACAUCUGAACAAUGGAGAGAUUAUUCACAUUAGAGUGGACAAACAGAGACCAGGAAUUUGCAGAAAAACCAUAUCGUAAGGUAUGGAAAAGUUUCUGGACGACAUUUGGUUUCAAGAUAAUAGGACGAGAAUCUAUGGAAUAUCAAAAAUUUGAAACCGAUAAGAAAGAUUAUUCUGUCCAAUAAAUUCCAUAAAAGUG